AUUAGUGUUUGGUCCCACAUCCUCUGGAACGCCACAUAGCAGGCCCAAUACAAGUUAACAGACUGCCAUGAUGAGGUUGUGGAGGUUCUGCGUGCUGCUGUCGGCUGUAGUGGCAGCGGUGCCGCUCGUGGACGCCGGUAUCCUGUAUCCCAGGGAGUCCGAGUCCAGGGAGGUGAGGUCUCUGGACGGCCUCUGGAACUUCAGGCUGGACCCGGGCGACGAGGGCCACGCUCAACAGUGGUACGCCGAUGACCUCGCCAGGGCAGGAGAGGUGCUAGCGAUGCCAGUGCCGGCCAGCUACAACGACGUGACUCAGCUGAAGGAGGUGCGCGACCACGUGGGUCUGGUCUGGUACGACCGGCGGUUCUUCGUGCCGCGCUCCUGGCAGUCGCCCAACACCCGCGUGUGGCUGCGCUUCGGCAGUGCAACCUAUGCCGCUGAAGUGUGGGUGAAUGGCAACAAGGUGAUGGAACAUGAUAUUGGCCAUCUACCAUUCCAAUCUGAAGUCACAUCUGACAUUAUCUAUGGAGGAAACAAUCUAGUUACAGUUGCAGUGAGCAAUUUGCUUAAUAAUGUAACUAUUCCACAAGGCUCAUUUACAACACUGGAGACUACAAAUGGCACCAAGACAUACCAGAGCUAUACAUUUGAUUUCUUUAAUUAUGCGGGCAUUGAUCGGCCUGUUUAUCUCUACACCACACCAGGGGUCUGCAUUGAUGAUAUCAGCAUUACAACUGACUACUUACCUGAUGGGACAGGCUCUGUGCAAUAUAAUGUGACAGUAGAUGGUCAGUCUGCUGAUCUUGUUUCCUGUACUGUGUCCCUUCUGGAUGCAGAAGGCCAGGUUGUAGCCAACAGUACAGGUUUCUCUGGAGAGUUGACUGUCACAAAUGCCAAUGCCUGGUGGCCAUAUCUUAUGAAUCCUGUACCAGGAUAUCUCUACACUCUUGAGGUUCAUGUGAUAUCUCCAGAUGGGGUAUCAGAUGAUAUAUACAGGCUUCCUGUUGGAAUACGGCGUCUCACCUGGGAUAGCUCAUCAUUCCUUAUCAAUGGCAAACCCAUUUACAUAAGAGGUUUUGGCAGACAUGAAGAUUCUGAUAUUCGUGGGAAAGGUCUUGAUCUUCCUUUGGUGACUCGCGAUCAUAACUUGUUAAAGUGGGUGGGAGCAAAUUCUUAUAGGACAUCACAUUAUCCUUAUGCAGAAGAAAUAAUGGACUUUGCUGAUAAGGAAGGCUUCAUCAUAAUUGAUGAGUGUUCAGCAGUGAACAUUGCAAACUAUUCAGAAGAUCUACUUGAAAAUCACAAACGCUCACUGACUGAGCUAAUCAACAGAGAUAAAAAUAGACCUAGUGCUAUCAUUUGGUCAGUAGCUAAUGAGCCUCUUACUGAACUAAAUGGAACGGAGGAUUAUUAUAGGGAAAUUGUCAAUCAUGUGAAAAGCCUCGACACAACUCGUCCUACUACAAUUGCUCAGUCAGAGAGCUGGUCUAAGGAUCAGGCGAGUCAGUUCUUGGAUAUUAUUGGAGUGAACCGUUACCUAGGAUGGUAUGAGAAUGGAGGGCUUCUUGAAACAAUUGAACCACAGUUCAUAAUGGAAAUUGAUAUGUGGAGAGAAAAGUACAACAAACCAAUAAUAAUUACAGAAUAUGGAGCUGAAAACAUUGUUGGGCUGCACUCGCAACCUGAAUUCAUGUGGUCAGAGGAGUACCAAGGAGCUUUAUUUUCUGCAUUCUUCAAAGCUUUUGAUAAACUUCGAGAAAGAGAUUACUUUGUUGGGGAAAUGAUAUGGAAUUUUGCAGAUUUCCAAACUGCUCAGAAUUCCAAACGUGCUGCAGGAAAUAAGAAGGGAAUCUUUACAAGAGCACGGCAGCCCAAAAUGACAGCACAUAUGGUGAGACAGCGGUAUUGGUCCCUUGCCAAAGAAGAUUAUAAUGCAACACUUCCUGAAGAUCUUAACCCCUAUGUUUGCAGUACUUGCUGAAAUUGGGGAAAAUGUGCUGUAUUGCAUCCAUUGCCUGUACCAGACAUCAGCACAUUACUUGGUCUAUACUACACCUAUUUACUAAGAACCCAAGAUUUUAUUUACACACAAAAAAGAACAGAUACAUGGAAUUAUUUUGUCUGCUGCUAGCUGCAGAUCUAUAUACAUACUUGGGCACAGAAAUUCUAGAACAAGUGAAGAAUUCCACCUGCCAUAUUUCUACUAACACUUCUGAAAAUAUAUUGUAGGUACUGAUAAAAAUGUUGAUUUAAGUAAUAUUUUAUAUGUUGUGUAACAUACAUUUAACAGUAUUAAAUUUUGUUAAUUCCACACUAGAAGACACUGUGCAGUCAAAAAUACCAUGCACUGUUAUUCUUAUUAACAGUGAUUUAAUCCUACAGUUUGUAAAGAAUGUAUUUUUUUUUAUUUUGUAAUAAAACUGGAAUAUAACAUGAAGCUUUUACUUUGAAAA